ACUGCUAUUUCUUUUUGGUCUCUUCUCACAGAGCUUCCCCUGUACAGCUACUUCUCUGUAUCCGUCUCUCCCUCCCUCCAUCUAUAUAUAUGUGUGUGUAUAUAUGUAUAUCCACCCACACAAACCAAUGCAUUGCUGUCUGUGAUCUCUGGCUGUUGCAUUUUGUGAGCGGUUAGCUUAGAGAUAGAUGCCAACUGCAAGGCUGAUCACUGUUGGAUCUUCAGAUGCAAUGGAAUCAGUUGAGGGGAAUGAUUCCCUUUACACAUUGAUUAGUCAAGCUACAGGGAAAGAGCCUAUCAUCUUAGGGGACAAACCUAUACAGUGGAUACAGUUACUUCAUGCCUUAGAGCAGCCAGAUCUUCCAUAUUGGCCUAUGGUUACUCCUGUGAAGGUUCAGAUGCAUAAAUGUGAGAAAUGUUCUCAAGAAUUUUUUUCAUCAAUUAACUACCGAAGGCAUAUACGCCUGCACCGUCGAGCCUUAAAUUUUGACAAGGAGUCUCGCAAAUAUAGAGAUUUUCUUGGAGCAUUUUGGAAUAAGCUUUCAUUGGAGGAGGUUAAAGAAGUUGCAUCAGAGAAGACUGACAAACUUGGAGUAAUUGNUGCCUUAGAGCAGCCAGAUCUUCCAUAUUGGCCUAUGGUUACUCCUGUGAAGGUUCAGAUGCAUAAAUGUGAGAAAUGUUCUCAAGAAUUUUUUUCAUCAAUUAACUACCGAAGGCAUAUACGCCUGCACCGUCGAGCCUUAAAUUUUGACAAGGAGUCUCGCAAAUAUAGAGAUUUUCUUGGAGCAUUUUGGAAUAAGCUUUCAUUGGAGGAGGUUAAAGAAGUUGCAUCGUUGGAUGACAUUUCACUAAAGGAAAUUCCUGGGACCUUACUUGUCAAGACACUGACAGAGUCUCUCCAAACAUCAAGUGCCUGGAUGUGGAGUCUUCCAACUGUUUAUAUGAAAGCUGGCGCUACCUUAAUGGAUAUUAUUGAAGCCAAACCUUCUAGGCUUCCAAUAUCAUCCCAGGAAUUAUUUAGUGUCCUUGAUGACGCUAGUGAGGGAACAUUUCUAUGUGCUGGAACAGCAGACUCGAUGCAAAAAUAUUUAUUCGAUGAUGAAGUUAUAAAAGUUUGCCUCGAGCUGAGGAAUUUAGCUGCAUGCAUAUGCUUUGCUUUUGAACAGAAACUGGUAAAAGCAUGGAUUGCUGACAAAGAAGCUGAGGCAUUGAGAUGCCAGAAAUUGCUUGUGGAGGAGGAAGAAGCUGCUCAGAGAAGGCAAACAGAGUUAUUGGAAAAGAAAAGACAGAAAAAGCUAAGGCAGAAGGAACUGAGGGCAAAGGAUCAAAUGAGUGAGGAAAAAGCGAGCCUUGGUGGGACUGCUGAUUCUUCAGAAAAUGCACUGGUGGCAGAAAUAUCCAGUCCUCCCACCCUGUUUGAUUCCGACUCCAAUACUCUUGAUGUAGCAGAGGAUGUCUCCGGCCUACAAAAUGACUGUGAAGUGAUGAUGAUUGGGUCAAUAUCUGUGCCUGUGAAAAAUUGCCCUAUUCACACACGCCGCACGAACUUGGCAAAAGCACAUGAUCAAAGUGGAUGUGAUCUCAGCCUUGGCAGCAAAACCAGUGUGCCAUCUGAUGAUUGGGUUCAUGUGACCAGGCGUGGGAAGGGGCCAAAGGGCAGACAAGACAAUGAAGAGCGUGCUUCAGUGGAAGUUGGUGAUCAAAAUCUAUCCUGUGCAAUGUCUGUGCAACCAUAUGCUCCUGAUGGCAAAACUCAUUCUCAUCAGCUGCCAUUCUCCAGUGGCACUGUAAAAACUUUUCUUAUAAAGAGAUGGAAUGAGGUCGUCUCAGCUGAUCAUGUGAAGUUGGUCAUUUCUGCUGUUCCUAAAUCUCAAGGAAGUCCCAGCACCCAGAGCAGCCUUAAAAAAUCUGCUCCUCCACCUUCAGCACCCAAGAAUAUGGCUCACUGAUUUGUGCUUGAUAUCCGAUAAUCACUGGAUGUGGAGUUUGGAGUUUGGCUGGCAACUUCGUUGAUGGAAGUCCUGAAGUCUGCCACUCUCUUUUGAUGAUCAUAAAGUGUUAAAGCUCACGAUCCUGAUUAUUGGAAGAUUGCUCUGUUUGGUGGCAAGGAGCUCGGGGGAGGAAGAUGGUGACCUUGGUAACCGAUUUGGAGGUAGUCUCUGUUCCGGUGGCAAUUCUUUGGAACUAUCAAGAAAUCGGUGGUUGUUAUUUUGAUUCCGGCGAGAUGUCAGUUAGGUGCUCUGUUUGUUGUGCUCCGGUGAUCUCACCAUGGAACCCGGUAGAUGGUGGUCUGAAAGGAGUUUGUUCUGUUCGUGCCAGUCUCUUUGCUUUGGAUUGCUGACUGAUCGGUCUUACAUGACGGAGUCCUCACGUUUUCCGGCGACCACUUUGGUGGCCGGCGGAUAUCUAAGUAAUUAAUGCAUGCAUUUAGUUUGGGCGGUGGCCGACAUGGGGCUUUACAACGAAAUGGCAGUGCA